UAACGCGGCAAGAGGUGUCGUUUCAAUGGUUAUUUUGCUCAUCCUCGUCACCGUAGCUGAUCUUCCUCUACCCUCACACUUGUCCGCCCCUAACGCGCUCUCGGUGUCCACCUCCUCUGUGCUGACCCCCAAAUCUGAUCACCCCGUUUAUAUACAGGCUCUUCCCCGCCGUUGCAGAAGCCAUGACCGGCAGAGAAAUCUUCCACAAGAUGAAGGAAAAAUUUGGGUUAGGUUCAGCUGCAUCUGACUCUGGAAAAGGGAAGAGUAAGAUGUCCAAGCACAUAACGCAUGGAUUUUACUUGGUUAAGGGGAAAGCAUUUCAUGCUAUGGAAGAUUAUGUGGUUGCACAGUUCAAGCAAGUCGACGACAAUGAACUCGGUUUAUUUGCUAUAUUUGAUGGCCAUCUAAGUCACGAGGUUCCCAAUUAUCUCUGCUCGCAUCUGUUUGACAAUAUUAUAAAAGAGCCAGGCUUUUGGUUGGAACCCGAGAAGGCAAUUCAUAGAGCAUAUCGUAUAACUGACACUAACAUCCUCGAGAAGGCAGCUGAUUUGGGUAAAGGAGGUUCAACUGCAGUAACAGCAAUACUAAUUAAUUGCCAUAAGUUAAUAGUAGCAAAUGUUGGAGAUUCCCGUGCUGUUAUUAGCAAAAGGGGGGCUGCGAAACAGUUAUCAAUAGAUCACGACCCCAAUGUGGAGAGGCAGAGUAUUGAGAACAGAGGCGGUUUUGUAUCAAACUUCCCUGGAGACGUUCCACGUGUUGAUGGGCAGCUGGCAGUGGCAAGGGCAUUUGGUGACAAGAGUUUGAAGGAGCACUUGAGCUCGGAACCUGAUGUGGCAGUGGAAGAGAUAGAUGAUGAUACAGAGCUCAUCAUAUUAGCAAGUGAUGGAUUAUGGAAGGUCAUGUCAAAUCAGGAAGCCAUCGACUUGGUCAAGAACAUAAAGGAUGCUAAGUCAGCCGCAAAGCACUUAGCAGAAGAGGCACUUAGUAGGGAGAGCAAAGAUGAUAUAUCCUGCAUAGUCGUGAGAUUUCACUAACUCUUUGAAAUCUUGCUCAGCCUCUGUAUGAUAGAAAUGUGAUUAUGCGAUGCUUUAAGUUUGUUGCACUAUAGCUCAGUUCUCUUCCUUGUGCAGUAUUAGAACCUGAUUUUACUUGUCCACGAGCAAACCUGCUUGUUUGUGUUGAUCUCCUCAAGAAGAAGCAGUGGUGUGAUUAUAUGAUACUACAUUUCCUUAUGAUCGAUAUAUA